AUGGACUACGAAGGCGAUAAUUCUUCUUCUAAACACUCGCGCUCUGACAGUGAUAUCUCCUUUCCUCACAAACGUUCUUCUCCCCCGUUACUUCUCGAUGAACGACUUACCCCAGAAGAGGUGCAGAGCAUUGUUGAUCUCCAUUUAGACGAUACACGCGAAGAACUUUCAACAGUCUUACAGAGCGAUCCCUCCGGCAAGGCAUCGUUGACGUUCCUAGCAGUGUUCGCAGAACAGUUGCUGAGAGGCGCAUGUAAUUUUGAGAAAGCGGAGAUAAACAUUCAUAAACUCAGUAUCAAUUCCCUACGAAGACUCCUCCAGACCGAUGAAGAAGUUUUUGGUGUUGUUCUGAACGCUGCACGUAAGGCGUGCGAUCAGGAGAAUACACACCAGAGUGUCCGUGACAUUUUCAGACUUAGUGCUGUCCGGCUGCCUCAGACGACGGGUGUACUUGCGAGUGCCAUUGCGAGAGGCAAUCUAGCGACCGCAGCCGAACAAUCAUGGAAGUCACAGUACAUUGGUGAUUAUCCUGCAGCCAUCAUCGCCGAGAUCGAAAACCAUCUUGCCCUCCCAAAGUCUGGUGGUUAUGGGUGCAUCGGCGCAAUGAUUCAGAGUUCGGGAACAGGAAAAUCGCGAACAAUGCAUGAAAUAGCAGCACAGAUUUUUACUAUUCCUAUCAAUAUCAGAGAGACAGACAGUUCUAGUGGUGGAGCCCCGUAUCCGGACCCAGACGCCGAACUUCGCGACUACUUGAUUUCUCCUGGCGGGACUCUCCGUAUUCGAUACUUGUGUUUCUUGUGCACCCUCUUCGACAAUGUUCGGGAAGUACUCCAGACGCUAGCAGGAAACAGAGCAGGAAUGUAUACAGCAUUUCUCUGGCGAACAUACCUGGCGAACGCGGAAUCUAACAAUCGUGGGAAUCUGUACCACAAUGUCAUUGAACGGGCUCGAGAGUUGGAAGUCAAGUACGCCUCCUCUCAGUCAGGGUCUUCAAUUGAGCAGAAGAACCUUGUCGAAGUUACAAAGAAGUCCUACCGGAAUCUGAUCGACAUGCUCGUCUCCAACAGCAAGUUGAAGUUAUUGAUAUAUAUCGACGAGGCUCAUACUCUGGCGCCCAUGGGUCCCGGCAAACGAAAUAGCUAUGACCCUCUGUGUUCCGCGAUGGCUGAUCUUGGCGGUUCUAACCAUUUCAUCAUCUUCAUGUCGACUACUGGGGCGCUGAGCCUGCUCGGCCGACCCAAGUCCGACCAUAUAUCAGCCCGAGCGGUCAACGUCACAGCGAAGUUGCCUGCACCCUUCACCAUUCUCCCUUUUGACGUCUACGCAAAUAUUCAAUACGACGAUCCUGGGUUGACGUUUGAACGCAUAUGGAGCAUCCAACACCUUGCUUGCUUUGGACGGCCCAUGUGGCAUGCAAUGCUUGCUGCCGGCGCCAACGAACAAUGGCUCAUUUUUUUGGCUCGGUCCAAAUUGACGCAUAAAGAUUGCGCAGAAACUCCCAAGUUCAAGAUUCAUCAGGGUAUGCCCGUGAAUGAGACGUCUAAAAGGGACACCUCGAAAGGAGAGCCUGAUUUGUUCAAGAUGGCCCUUGCGGAUGUUAGGGUCAUGAUUGAAUAUGAGCCUCGCCGAGAGAAGGCUCGCCGUUUGCAAGAGGAGAUGGUGAAGGGUCACAUGCGGGUAGCGUUCUCCGUGCCGGACCAUAGAGAGUAUAUGAGAUCCGGACAUCCCUCGGAACCGGUCUUGGCGGAGGCCGCUGCCAUUUCCACCUAUGAGGAGGGUGUGGACCUAGUGGACGUCAUCUACUUCCUUCUUGAGGAAAAUCUCAUUGGCAAGGGUGAACGGGGCGAACUUGUCGGCCGGCUUCUCCUUACGUUGGCUUGGGACGCCGCGAUACAUCAGUUAAUGCUGGAUAAGAAAAAUCCUUCGAUGCCAAUUGCUCAAGAUAAUAACCAGGCUGUCUAUUCUCGACCUAUGCUUCUGUUGGACUUCUUGGCUGCCCUUCUACAUCCUGACCAUCUGGACGCGAUUUUGCAGAGCACGCCUGAUAAUCGCGUUGGAGGAGAGACUUUUGCAGAGGCAUUCAAAGAUGCAUACGUGUGCUUUACCCAUUUUGGACGUGCCAGAUCUCCUGAUGCCAUCAAUUCUGGCUCUGCUUUUGCGGCGUUCAUCCGUGGCAUGGCAUGGCAAUGUUCCUCUGGACAUCCCGUCAUUGACAUUCUCCUUCCUCUUCUCAUCGUCCCAAAAGAGCUGGCUGCACAUCGAAGCUUUGAUGUCAACAAACUGCCGCUAGAGAAAUUUCACCGCUCUGGGGUCUUUAUCUCAAUCAAGGACAAGCAGAAUGCUGAGAGGAAGAACUAUACUAUCAAUGCAGAAACACUUAGAUUUUGGGUCAAGGAGGACGAGGAUGUCGAUGUGCCUUAUGUUGCUAUCUUGAUGCAACUCGGUAUCAUUGGGAAGCGUCCGACGACACCAACACCUCCAGAGACACCCACGACACCGACGGAUCGAGAACCAUCGACUGAAACAACAGACACACCGUCGAGAGUCGACGUACCCACUUCCCGCACGAAGAGUCAGCCCGAGCGGAAGAUCAAAAAGGCUAGCAAGGCACACCCUCGGUAUACGAUCAUAAUAUCUGGUUGCUCUCCUUCGGUCUACAAAGUAAUCAAGGACGACGAAAAGUUCAAAUACGCUGGGAUGCUAGCUUCCAGGGGGAUAAUCUAUGAGCACCCGUACCGGAAACCUGCGUCUCUUCGUCUUCUCAAAAAAAUGAAGCCGUUUUGGAGCCUUGGUCCGGAGUGCUUUGAUUGGGCUCCCGGUCUCCCCGGUGUUGGCGUCGCCCCAGAACCUAGAGAGAUGCAUUUGACACCAGGAAUCACGUAUGGCACCGAGGCAGUGGUUAUUGAAGGACCUUACGCUGGUGAUUUGGAUACUGAGCCAGACCCUAAUUAG